AAUAUACGACAGAUCGUAUACAGUUGUUCUAACGUGAGUCGUGAGUUUGUUUUGUUUUCAUCGUUGUGGCACUUGUGUUCUUCGAUGAGAUUCCGGUGAUACGUUUCUAACUGCAUGUCCGCAAUGGCCGACGACUCCGCACCGCUGCCGAAGAGGCGCCAAUUGCGCGAGCGAACCAGAAAGUUGUACACAGACGACUGGACCAUAGGCGAUGAAGAAAUCGAGGGUCGCAGGACUUUUCAGCUUGAUGAGAAGAUUGAGGCCAAGAGGUAUGACUUGAGCAAUUUCAGUGGCCUUUUCCGCGAGAUGACUGGGCCGGAGCUGAAUCUAACGUACCUGCAGAAACAUGGUCUGCAGAUACCACUAUUGUUCAAGGAUAAGUCUGGAUUGGGCUUGCGAGUACCCAGCUCCAACUUUUCUGUCAACGACGUCAGAACCUGUGUUGGUUCUAAGAGAGUACUUGAUGUUAUGGACGUUAAUACUCAGAAGAAUGAAGAUAUGACUAUGAAAGAAUGGCAAAAGUAUUACGAGGAUCCCAACAAGGAACGCUUGUUGAAUGUGAUCUCAUUAGAAUUUAGUCAUACCAAGUUAGAGAAUUAUGUACAAUCGCCUUCACUUGUGCGACAAGUAGAUUGGGUAGAUGUAGUAUGGCCAAGGCAUCUAAAGGAGUCUCAGGUGGAAUCUACAAAUCUUCUAGAAGAUAUGAUGUACCCUAAAGUACAGAAGUAUUGCUUGAUGUCAGUAAAAGGUUGUUAUACUGACUUUCAUGUUGAUUUUGGUGGUACAAGCGUAUGGUAUCAUAUUCUGCAUGGUGGUAAAAUCUUUUGGUUAAUUCCACCCACUGAGAAAAACUUGACUCUCUAUCAGGAGUGGGUGUUGAGUGGUAAACAGUCAGAUGUAUUCUUUGGUGAUAUGGUAGACAAAUGUGGGAGGAUAAGUUUAACAGCUGGUAUGACUCUGUUUAUACCAACUGGUUGGAUACAUGCGGUAUAUACUCCUCAGGAUUCUUUGGUCUUUGGUGGAAAUUUUCUUCACAGUUUUGGUAUAGAAAUGCAAUUAAAAGUGGCACAAGUAGAGGAGCAUACAAAAGUACCACAAAAAUUUCGAUAUCCAUUCUUCACAGAAAUGUUAUGGUAUGUCCUCGAGAGAUAUGUACAUGUACUGUUGGGUAGAAGUCAUUUGGAUAUAUCUGAAUCACAACGACAACACUUGGUCCCACAACAUCAUCAACAUAUACAUGUGACAGAUUUCGAAUUACAUGGCUUAAAAUCUAUAGUAAUGUAUUUGCAUUCAUUACCAUCAACUAAGAAGAACGUUCCAGAAUUAAUGCGUGAUCCAGUUGCUCUUAUUCAUGAUGUUCGAUGUUUGGUAGAGCAGCAUAGACAUGAUAAUCCAGAAUCGGCUGUGACGGGCAAUCCUGUGUUACCUCCACCACCACCCUUAACCAUUGUUGACAGGGAACGCAUGAGAGUUGCGAGAAAAGGUUUUGCAAAAUCUCAGAGACAUCACUCAGACAAGUCCGAGAGAGCGUUUCCACGUAGGAGACGCACUAGAUGUAAGAAGUGUGAGGCUUGCACUAGACAGGACUGUCGAGAAUGCGUAUUUUGCCAAGAUAUGGUCAAAUUUGGCGGUAGUGGUCGAGCUAAACAAACAUGUCUCAUGCGUCAAUGUCUUAGACCUAUGCUUCCCGUCACAUCAGCCUGUAAAGUCUGUCGUUUAGAUGGUUGGAAACAACCACCUGCACCGUUGACUGGUAAAUCCUUCCCCACAACACCAUCUACCUUAAUGGAAUGUUCAAUCUGCUUCGACAUUGUACAUCCAGAAUGUAUAGGUUUGAAUUCCAAGGAGAUAACCGUUAACGAUGAUUUGCCAAAUAGUUGGGAAUGUCCAGAGUGUUUUGAACGAGGUCGGAACUUAGAUUGUCGGCCACGUCACCCAAGGGGUCGCACGCGAAAAUUAUCAAUAUCCAGUGCGGCUUCCUCAGCACCGACGACGGAUUCUGAACGGGCUAUGACACCGAGUAAACAAUCGAGACUUGAUCCUAACGAUGCGUGGAACGAUUCGCCCAGGGAGCCAGCCGAAGGUGAACAGAGAAUGACUCAGCAGCGUACUCAGUUAGCUAUGCAGUUGAUUGCCUCGAGCAGCCGAUCUUUAGUGAAGCCACACGUAGUGGUUAGGCCUGCGCCGCCACCACCUAUUCAAGAAACGGAUGGCGAAAAUGAACAGAAUUUGAUAUAUAACGAGACAGCAGUGCUUUCGGUAUUCAGAUUCCUUGAUAUAAAGGAUCUGCUUAAUUGUGCCUUGGUUUGCCGUACCUGGGCGAGAUACAGUGUAAAUCCCAGUCUGUGGAAGAAACUUGACAUGUCUCAUUAUAACCUUCGUUCCAUACACUUGACGGUUAUUGUCCGCCGACAACCCGAGUAUCUUUCGCUGGACUGGACCAACAUUAAUAAGAUGCAAUUAGCUUGGCUGCUGAGUAGGUUACCGCAGUUACGGACAUUGUCUCUUCAGGGUUGUACUUGGGCCGGUGUUCGUGCCCUGAAGAGUAGUAGCUGUCCGCCACUAGAAAAGCUGAAUCUGAGUUAUGUUACCUCUUUGAAUGAUACUGUUUUGCAAGAAAUUCUGGACUCUCCAACGGACUCAAGACCUGGCCUUAUCGAUAAAACAUCACGAUUGAAACAUCUCAAGAAUCUGUCUUUAGCCGGAUGCGAUCUGACAGAUCGAGGAGUGAGAUAUAUAGUCCAGCAAUUAUCGGAUCUUGAAACUUUAGACCUCUCCUCGAUUGGCAGACUUACCGACUCCGGAGUAGCGCAUCUGACGUCGCUAUCAAAUCUGGCGUCGCUCAACCUAGCAAAUUGCAAGUUGCUCACUGAAACGACUCUUGAUCAUCUAGCGAGAUGUAAAGCCUUAAAACGCUUGGAUCUGCGACAUACAACCCAAGUAUCGACGCAAGCUGUCAUCAAAUUUGCUGCUAAGAGCGAGCAUAAUUUACAUGUAACAGACGUUAAGCUGGUGGAGGAGAAGAAGAAAGUUAGACCCGAUUUUAUGGACACGUGAAAAAGCAUGGCGCUUACACGCAAACUAAUGUUCAGUGCAUCCGAUUAUCAUCGCGUAAGAAUCAUCAUUUGCAAAGAAUUAAUGCUAUAACAGUACAUUAUGCUACGAUCAGCAACUGUUUAUUUUACAUGAGAGAAUCUCUAGAUUAUGUUACAUGACGAAUAUUAUAGUGUAACACGAAGGAUGUGAUAGUAAUAGAAUUUCUAUUCAGAUAACAUUUACUUUUAUUGAUAUAAGA